CUUCCAACUAAUCAGACGCGCCACCGCCAAAGCCUAAGGAUGUACAGUGGAAAGAUGUUAGGUUUCCCUCCUUUGCCUCCGCGGAUUGAUGUCGAGACAUAAUAUCAUCCACAAUGAACCACUGACAACUCUGUUCCUGGCAGGAUUCCGUUGUGCAUUGGCAAGGUCGGCAUGGCCCUGGAGGAUAUCCCACCGGCUGAUGUGGCAUCGUCGGCCGCGAAAAAUGUCUUUGCUACUUUGUCUCCCUCCUCGCCGCCAAUUUCUCAGGUUUCGUCCCCGUUACGGCCUCCGACGGUCGAUCUUACUUUCCACCUCGAGGAUAGCAGACUGGUCUUGCCCAUUCCUACCGCGCAUUUUCAGUCCCUAAAAUUGCAAAAGGCAGAGUUCGUGUCUUCACUGCCGUCGGGUUUAAACAGGGAGACAACCCAGUCCCCUCCUGCGUUAUGCUUGGCCUUCAUUGAGUUUCUUCUCGACCAAGAAUGCGUAUCCAGGUCUGCACUGGCAGCAGUUGUGCGGGCAUUCCAUACUGAAUUCCUGCACGAAGAAAACGAAAUACACUGCCUCGUGGCGCGGUUGACGACUGUUCCUAGCGAACGACAGCGAUGGCUCGGGAUCUAUUACCGUGCCAUUGAAGCCAGCGGAGAUGUAGUGCCUGGGAGCUCGGCUGGCUCUUCGUGCAGGCCGGUGAGUGCCCUGUUUGACCACGUGCAGAGGAGUGGUUUCCACUUGAUGGCUGUAUUCGGCGGCCAAGGAGAAGCAAGUCGGACGUGUGUCCAUGAGUUGGCAGAAUUGUAUACCUCUUACAGACCGAUGCUUCAGCGUUUCCUCGGGCAAGCAGCGACACUACUCUACCAACUGUCCAGGAUUCCAACUUCCUGGUUUCAUUAUCGUGGCCGUUCAUUGGACUUGAUGACAUGGAUCAAUGACAAAUCUACUAUACCGGACUGUGAAGACAUAGCCCAAGCUCCGAUCAGUGUCCCGGUGAUCGGGGUGCUGAGCCUGGCUCGAUACAUGGUCACCUGUCGUGUCUUGAAUAUGAAUCCAGGCGACCUGCGUGCGCUGUUUACUGCCACAACUGGGCACUCUCAAGGUCUGUUGGUGGCCACUGUCAUGGCAAUGUGCGAUUCGUGGGACUCUUUCUAUGCCAACUCUCACCUGGCCAUUGAAGCAUUAUUCUGGCUUGGGUGGGAAUGCCAUCGUGGUGCGCCAAGCAGUACUUCGCCAGUUACCAGGAUUUCUGACCGCAGCGCGUUCCAUACCGAGCCUGCUUAUAUGCUUACUGUGCGGGGAGUGACAAGGGAGCAUCUGGAUUCCAUUCUCGCCCACCUGAACAGAACAUUGCCGGCAGCUGAGCAAGUUCAGAUAGCAUUAAUCAAUUCUCGGGACCAAUUUGUGGUGGCUGGCCCAGUGGCCUCUUUGGUACAUGUGAGCAGCUAUCUCUCAACCGUUACGAGCCCCGAUAAAGACCCCAGCCGGAUCCCUUUCAGCAGGCGAAAGCCAUCCAUUCACUACGGGUUUCUUCCGAUCAGUACGCCGUUCCAUACCCGGUACCUGGACGAAGCGGCCCGCAUACUCAGGAGACGUUUUUCUGAACGACGGAUCGCGGCGAGGGAACUUAAGAUUCCCGUAUACCACACACUCACUGGACAGGACCUUCGACAGGCGGGCGGGAACAUAUUGCAUGCAGUGCUUGAUGCCAUUGCUCGGGAAAUUUGUGACUGGCCUUUAGCAUUAUCUGGACAAUACAUUUCCGGCACCUCCAAGGCCCCAUCACAUAUCAUUGUAUUCGAUCGUGGCGGGCUCGGGGCAAUGGUGAAAAAGAUUCAGGAAGGAAAGGGGAUCCGAAUCAUUCAGGGCGCCGAUCUCGACUCGCGCGAUCCCGAGAUAGGUACCAUGCGGGACCUAUUCUCUCCACGCCUCCUGGAUUCAUCGACAAGGCUUCAGAGCUGGGCCCAGCAGUUCCAGCCUCGGUUGGGAACAGGGUCGGCGGUCCUGGAGACGCGCAUUACGAGCCUAUUGGGAACCCCUCCCGUAAUUGCAGCCGGCAUGACACCGACUACUGUCCCUUGGGAUUUUGUCUCCGCCAUAAUGAACGCUGGGUACCACGCAGAACUAGCGGGUGGUGGCUAUCGCAACAGCUCUGAUAUGGCAGCUGCUAUCAAUAAACUUGUCGCUAAUAUCGCCCCGGGUCGAGGCGUCACUUGCAAUCUCAUCUAUGCCAAUCCCCGGGCAAUGUGCUGGCAGAUUGCACUAUUACGUCGCCUAUCGCACAGCCAAGUUCCUAUAGACGGGCUGACGAUCGGGGCCGGGGUCCCUUCCUUAGAGAUAGCAUCUGAGUAUAUCCGAACGAUCGGAUUGCGUCAUAUUAGCUUCAAGCCUAGUUCAGUGGCGACGAUACGACAGGUGGUCGAUAUUGCUAAAGCACAUCCCGACUUCCCAAUUAUCCUCCAAUGGACGGGUGGGCGUGGAGGCGGUCAUCACUCUUUUGAGGACUUCUACACACCCAUUCUCAACACCUACGGGCUCAUCCGACAGCAGUCUAAUAUAUAUCUGGUAGCUGGGAGUGGGUUUGGAAAUCGGGAUAGUAUUUAUCCUUAUAUAAGCGGUCAAUGGGCGCUGUCCUUAGGUUAUCCAUGCAUGCCUUUUGAUGGAGUGCUACUGGGAAGUCGCUUGAUGGUCGCGCGGGAAGCCCAUACCUCAUCAGCCGUCAAAGACAUCAUUGUUAGUACUCCCGGUGUCCCGGACUGGGAGUGGGAGAAGACAUACGAUGGACCUGCUGGUGGGGUGAUCACAGUCCAGUCUGAAAUGGGUGAACCGAUUCACAAGAUCGCAACCAGGGGCGUCAGGCUAUGGGCAGAUAUGGACCGGACUGUAUUCCGCCUGCCUCGGAAGGACCGCGUUUCCUACUUGGAAAAGCACCACAGUUCAAUUAUACAGCGCUUGAACGCGGACUUUGCAAAGCCGUGGUUUGGCCGCAACGAUAUGGGUGACGUGGUCAACCUGGACGAGAUGACAUACACUGAAGUUCUAGCUCGCCUGGUUGAGUUAAUGUACGUUCAUCACCAAGAACGAUGGAUCGACCCAACAUAUGCCGACUUCACGAUGGAUGUUGCUUCCCGUGCGUUGGAGCGCCUAACCCGGGGUACUGCCAGUCAGGAAGCAACCCUUUCACGGUCAGUCCUUUUAGAAAGCCCAUCACGGUUUCUGAGUGCAUUUGCUGUUGCAUGUCCUUCUGCCGCAGAUGAGGUGUUAAACCCGGAGGAUGUGUCCUUCUUUCUGUUGAGAAGCCAGAUGCCAGGUCAGAAGCCCGUCAACUUUAUACCUUCAUUGGAUGAAGACUUCGAGUUGUUUUUCAAGAAAGAUUCGCUUUGGCAGGCCGAGGAUAUUGAUGCUGUCGUGGACCAAGAUGCAGACCGGGUGUGCAUCCUCCACGGUCCUGUGGCAGCUCAAUAUUCGCUUGAAUGUGACGAGUCGGUCAAGGAUAUUUUAGAUACGAUCACUCAAGGACUUAUUGAACGUCUGCAGCGUGACGUGAGCUCGGAAGAGUCAACACCUGGCUCGGGCAGCGGACUAAUAACACCAGAUUCGUGGUCCUCGGUUUCGGGUGUCAAAGAAAUCGCCAUCGAGGAUUUCUCCCUCUCAUCCACCGUCAUCUCGGAACCCACCGAAGAUCGCACAGUGUCAAUGGCUGCAGGUGCCCUGAGCACCAGUCCAAGCUGGCCGGCGUGGGUGCGCGCCAUUUUCGGGGACAAGAUGGUCUUUCGGGGUCGAUUGCGAGAAAAAAACCCGUUCCGGCAGUUUGUCGCAUCGUAUCCCGACACGAUCAUGCGAUAUGAUUUUGACCGGUCGGAGGUUUGUGUCACCGUUCAAGAUCCAUGUAAGGCGACCUCCCUCAUGAAGAUAUCUUGCCUGGAUGGCAUCGAUAUUCGAGUGGAUCUCUAUCCUCCCCAGGUCUCCGAUCCACUUCAAUUGGUGUAUCGUUUCGAUCCCAGGGGUGUUCCGUUUGGCUUGAGCGAGAUCACCGAGAAUCGCAAUGCACAAAUCAAGUCCUUUUACAGUAGGCUUUGGCUUCAGGAGAGUGUCGGAUCUCCAUCUAGUAUCCAUGACACUUUCCAUGGUCGCAAUUUGACACUCACACGCGAACUGCUGGAUGACUUGGCUGCGGCCGUGGGCCCGGCCUUCCCCGAUCCGCGGCUAGUAAUACCAAUCUCCGACGUGCUGCCAAUUAGCACCGGAAUAAUCAUUGCGUGGGACGUUAUCACUAGGCCUCUGGUUGUCGGAGAACUCGACGGUGACCUACUGCAUCUGGUCCACCGUUCCAAUAUGUUCGAGUACUGUCCCGGCGCAAAUGCGUUGCGCGUUGGGGAUAGUGUGCGGUGCCAAUCCCAAGUGCAGGCUGCAUAUGUGGAGGAUGCAGGCAAGGUGGUGGUUGUCGAGGCUCAGAUUAUCCGCUCCGGGGAAGCAGUCAUGACAGUCACCUCCAGUUUCCUGUAUCGCGGUUUGUUCCAAGGAGGAUCCUCAUUUAGACGGCUCAAAUCGAGAUGGAAUCUUCAAUUGGAAUCCAACCUGGACGAAGCCAUCCUUCGACGUCGCCGGUGGUUUCAUGUACACGAGAAUGCCGGCUCACUUGUAGGCAAAUGCGUUGUCUUCAAUGUAGAGACCCUUGCGGAGGACAAGGAGGACCACUUCAAGAGACUUUGUGUUACGGGUACCGCUUGCUUACUUGCCCCGGGUUGUCCUGGGCGAGAAGUGGGAGUCGUUAGCUUUCAAUGCGACAAGUGCGCCGGCAACCCGGUGUUGCAAUUUCUCGAGCGCAAGGCGAGACCCUGGAGCAAUCAGACAAACCUACGCACUCCAGGGUGGUCUGGUCUCUCAUCUGUCGAGGUCCAAAUGCCCGUCAGCAAUCAAUUGUAUGCUGAGAUAUCCACCGACUUCAACCCAAUCCACGUGUCAACAAUUUUUGCCUCUCUAGCCGAUCUCCCAGGUACAGUGUGUCAUGGCAUGUGCACGUCAGGCAUUGCUGUGGCGGCGUUGGAACAUCUAACACUCGAGGGCGAUCGCUCGCGUCUGCGACGGUUCACAGCCAAGUUCACAGGCAUGGUUAUGCCGCUGGAAAGGCUGGUCAUACAGUUAAAGCACACGGGAAUGGUUGACGGGCGCAUGCGGUUUGCAGUAGAUGUUGUGCGGAAAGAAGGCCACGAACGGGUACUGGAAGCAGAAGCCAUUAUAGACCAGCCUGCAACCGCCUAUCUUUUUACGGGCCAAGGCAGCCAAAGCAAGGGAAUGGGGAUGGACCUGUACAAGUCAAGCACGGUCGCUAAAGCUAUGUGGGAUGGGAUCGACGGGCAGCUAUAUGCAUCGUAUGGCUGGUCCGUCCUGGACAUUGUCAAGAAUAACCCCAAGUCCGUUACAGUGCACUUUGGGGGCAAGCGAGGCCGCCAGAUCAGAGAGAACUAUCUCGCUAUUACGACGGAGACGGUGUUGGCUGAUGGGGCACGCGUGCAGACACCUGUUCUCCCGGGGCUCACUCCGUCUUCGACGUCGUACACCUUUACCGAUCCAAGGGGACUGCUAUACUCCACCCAAUUCGCUCAGCCCGCCAUUUUGCUGUUCGAGGCGGCGGCAGUAGCCGAUCUGCGUACCAAGGGAUAUGUAUCACCGAACGCGAUGUAUGCCGGUCAUUCUCUCGGAGAGUUUGGGGCUCUGUCGGCGUUGUCCAGUUCGAUACCCAUGGGGGCAUUGGCGGAGUUGGCAUUUUACCGGGGUCUCAUGAUGCAGGCUUCGGUGUCGCGAGGCGAUCAGGGUGCCGCUUAUGGGAUGGUGGCGGUGAAUCCCAAGCGUGUUGGCCGAUUCCUUGACGAAACGGGGUUGGGUAACUUGGUUCGAGCGAUUGCCCUCGCCAGCCAGGAGCUGCUGGAGGUUGUCAACUACAACGUGGAGGGGGAGCAAUACGUGUGUUCAGGCACGGUGACGAAUCUUUGGGUGCUUGGGCGACUGAUGGACUACCUCGCGCAGUCGAAUGGACAAGAGUUGGGGUCGAAGGGAACGGCAGAGGAUGGUCUCAUCCUCCAGCUGCUUUCCGAGGCACAGGAUCUCCCCCAUCCGAUCCAGCUCCAGCGAGGUCAGGCCACCAUUCCACUCGAAGGCAUCGAUGUGCCUUUCCACUCGAGCCAUCUGCGGUCGACCGUGGAUCGGUUCCGCCAGUGCCUGUUGAAGCCAGGGUUUCUGGAGGGAAAUGUGGACAUGGAGACACUAGGGCGGUACAUUCCGAAUGUAAUGGCAAGGCCCUUCUCGGUGGAUGAGGCGUAUAUCCGGGAGGCAUACGAGCGGACACAGAGUCCAAUACUGGGGAAGAUGCUGCGAGGGCAUGAGGUGUAA